UUGUGCAUUGUGUAUCCAAACUCAGUGCCAUGAUGAGACACACACACUGUUUGGGCCAAGAGGCCGGAACAUUCGGGAACGUUCAUUGCCCUCCGCACCGCUCAUAGUGACAGACAGCGCUGCUAUCCGUGCAGCUGCUCACGACGCGUGAAAAGUCAGAGAUUAAGCUGAAGUAAAGCAGAUAAUCAAGCAAAGCAGAGAUGGACAAGAGUACCAUAACAGAUGGAAAUGAGAGCAACAAAGAGGAUGAUAACAAGUCCAUAAUGUCGGAGCUUAGACUGGUUCUUAUUGGCAAGACUGGCUCUGGGAAGAGCGCCACGGGCAACACCAUUCUUGGUUGUAAACGCUUCCGCUCGGAGCUCAGUGCCAGCUCUGUGACCCAGACUUGUGAGCAGGGCAGCCUGGACCUGGUGGAAGAUGAGGAGGAAGAGAAAUCUGAUGGAAGAUGGAGAAGGGUGGUGGUUGUGGAUAUGCCAGGAUUUGGAGAUACUCGUUUUGAUGCGGAGCAGAUCCGAGAGGAAAUUGCAAAAUGUGUGCUGUUACUAUCUCCAGGUCCCCAUGUCUUCCUCUUAGUGAUCCAGCUGGGACGAUACACAAAGGAUGAGGCAAGGGUUGUCGGAGAGAUGGUCCAGAUUUUUGGGGAGAGAGCAAUUACUGACUACACUAUGAUUGUGUUCACAAGGGGCGAUGACCUGGAAGAGAGGGGUAUUGAGGAGUACUUGGAAGACACAGCCCCAGAGGAUCUUAGGUCACUGCUGGAGAGGUGUGGGGGCAGGUACCAUGUCUUGAACAACAGAAACCCUGAAGAUCGUAACCAGGUUAGAACUCUGUUGGAGAAGGUGCACAGGAUGGUAGAAGAAAAUGGUGACAGAUGCUACACCAACUACAUGUUCCAUGAGGUGGAGGCUACCAUCAGAGAGGAGCAGGAGAGACUUAUGGAGGAACAAGGGGCUGUGGUGAGUGAGGAGGCAGAACUGACAGAUGGAGAAACAAAUUUGGCCAAGAGGAGGAAAUACAAUCUUAAAGCUAGUGGUCCCAAGAGUCAGCUGGAUGGCAGAGAAGAGGAGAAGCAGGCCACAGUAAGGAAACGGUAUAUGGGGAGGAAUUCAAAUGGUUUGGAGGAUGGUGCAGGACAAGGAGGAACAUCAGAUGAAGCUUCUUGGAAUCAGCUGAGAGACCGGUCAGAGAGAUGGGAGGAGGAGUGGAACAGGAAAAGAGGAGGAAAGGGGAAAACAAGCCAAAAGGAGUCCUUCCGCUCUGCUCUGAGAAGGUUCAGGAAGGAGGCUGUCGUCUCAGAGAAAGUCUUGGAGAAGGUGAAAAUCAUAGUGACGGCAGGUAUCACGGGGGUGGCAGUGGGGGCAGUAUUUGGGGCAGCUGCUCCCCUAGCUGCGGCUGCGGGGGCGACAGUGAUUGGGAAUGCUGUAGGACUGGCUGCGGGGCAGUUGGCGGGAGUUUCUGUGACAGGAGGGCUUGGGGUGGGAAACGCAGUUGGGGCAAUAGCAUCUGCUGCAGCAGCAAAGACUGCAGUGGCCAUUGGGGCAGCCACAGGAGUGGUUCUGGGUGGCUCUGUGGGUGCCCUGGCUGGGGCAGAGGCUGGCACUCCAAAAGAGGCUGCUAAGGAGGCACUGGGGCAGGUGGGAAUAAUAGGAGCAGCAGCAGUGGGAGUGGCAGCUGGGGUGGGUGGAGCUCUUGGAGCCGGAGUGGCCCUAGGUGCUGUUCUGGAGGGUACAGCUGCAGGUUCCACAGGAGUUUUGGGGGCAGAGGCCACAGGUGUGGCAGCAGGGGUAGCAAACUGUGCCAUGCCACAGACUGCUGGGUCAGUGGGGAGUGUGGGCCAACAGACAGUGGCCACUGUGGAAAGUGUCUCAGCAUCCCUGCAGACUGCAGGAACACCUGUGGCCGAAGGGAUUGCGACAUGUCCAGUGGUCCAGAUUGUUGGUGCUGACAGAGCAGUGGGGACGAGCAUAGUGGCAUCCGGUGGGGCUGUGACAAGGAACCUGGAGACGGCAGGGGCAAUGGCACGCAUCAUAACAAGUGUGGUGGACAUGGGGAGGGCGGCUGCAGGCAUAGCACUGGCGGGCAGCCUCGUGGUUAAGGUAGUAAAGGAACGGGUCCGACAGAGGACAGGCUCCUCAGACAGCAGCUGUUCCGAUAAGAUGUGCUACGAGAUCUACUGGAACAAACAGUGAAGACAUAUAGAAUCAGUAAAAGAAAGGUGAUUCAUUUUGAAUGACUAUUUUGUUAUAUUCAGAUUAUAAUUACACUUUGCAGAAUUGUUCUGCUUAAUCCUGUUUUUACCAUUCUGGUGCAGAUAUCUAGUGU